CGAAAUAUAAAUAACCGUAUGAAAAUAUUGUGAUUUAGGAAGUUGAGGCAAGCAUGCGGCAGAAAUAAAAACAGCAAAACCUGAGAGCUGUGCGAUCAACAUAUGGUUGGUGAGGAAGCAAAACAGCAUACCUGUGCGACACGUUUGCUGAGACUUUCCGAGUGCUUCCGAGUGUAGUGUGAUACCUGUUUCCGACUGCGCCGAUGGAUUUGGAUUUAGUUUGGUUCCUGCUGGAUUUGUUGGGUAGAAAUACGAGUGCAGUACACAGUUGAAUUGACAAAUCUUCAAUGUCUUCAAGUGUCUCCAACGGGUUUUGUAAUACGCUACCGAAACGAAUCCUUUCCGAGCUGGGUACCCCAUUGCAUCGGAAACGGCGGUGAAAUUUGAUUGCCUCCGAUCGCACAUAGCUCACAAGCAAGCGGCACAAAUCGAACAAACAUGAGCUCGCGCUGGAGAAAUAAAGCAAUAUGGCUGAGCCCAGUAGUGAGUGAGUGAAAACACAUUGAUGGAUGCGGUUGUUUUGCCGUCAGUUUUUCCCUCUCGAUUAUCUCGGGUGGUUGGUUUUCCAUCCUUCCAUCGUCGUCUGCUGCUGCUGCUGCUGUCUCGGAGCCUAAAGUGAGGACUUUGAUCGAAUGACGAAGAAAAUAACAACAACAGAGCACGGGUGAGAGCGAAACAAAGAAAGAAAGAAGGAAAAUGUUACCUAUGCACAGUGGAGAAGUGGAGUGAUGUUCGAUUGCGAAAAACGCAGCGCCGGGAGGAAAGUAUGUCUGUUGAAAUGUGAAAAUCUCUCGUCUCGAAGAUGUCCAAAGAUUGUGAUGUUGCUGUUGUUGUUGUUGAAAGUGUGAUUACACAUGUUUGCUAUGCAGCGGGAAGUAAAAAGUUUGGUGGAAAAGAAAACAUCAACUGUGAUUGAGUUACUGGAGCCAGUAAAAUUUUUAAUCGCCGUUUGUUUGUUGGUUUAUUGAAAAUAAUUUCGUGCAGAUAAAAAAAAACAAACGAGGUUCGUUGCUUAGCGGAGCGUAUGUAUUGCGUGAGUCCUUUGAAGUGUAUUGUACGGAAGAAAGAAGCGCUGAUUUGCGAUUCUAAUAAGUGAUUUCAGUGCACAAACAGCGAUGAACCCGAUUUCCAACGUCGAUUGCACGUAAAAUUGGUGGCAAUUGUUUGCAACGCAGUGAUCGAUUUCGAAUUUCUAUACAUUUGUUUUAGUGAAGAAAUACAACUGGCCGAUGUUUCAAAUGUGCUAGAAGUUGGAGCCGGCGAAUGGGAUUUAACGGUGGUGUAAAUUGGAUUGAUGUUUUUUGGACGUGUGUCAACGUGAGAUAGCGCACAAAAAAAUGGACAUUUCUGGACAACAGAGCAUGAGGGACAGCAGCUUUGGGAACGCAAUGAACCAUUCGAAUGAAAUGCCGAUCGGGUGAUUUUGACGCAUGUGGUUUGCAGUAAUCAAGCAAAAUGUAGACCUUUUAUAUUUGCUUGUUUUGAUGUUUUGGUUGUUGUUUGAAGAAGUGAAAAUUCCCGGACAAAUUGAGGGAAUCUGAUUGUAUAAUCGAAAAUAAUAUAAAUUUUUGUGUGUCAUCGUCGAAUGAUGGGUCGCGCUCGGAUAAGCCUGGUGCUGCUGAUGGUGCUCAUCACGUGCAAACUCGGUCAUCCGGCUCGAUCCACCGGAAACGGUGCUAGCGGUGACAGUGGUAGUAGUGAUUCAUCGAGACCUUCACCCACCGGAUUGGGCGGAAGUGAGCGCGGGGCAAGCAUUUUGACAGGUCAAUCGCGGCAAAUUAGAGUGCGAAGCGACGAUGGGACAAAAACGCCAUCAAAUGGUGCUGCUGCCGAGGGGUCACCAUCGGUGGUGGCGAGGUCAGUGUUGACACCGGCGGCGCCGCUGGUGAAAGGAAGCACAACUCCGUCAACUUCUGUUGCAUCGCAGUUGGACAACGGACAACGGUCUUCAGCAGCAGCAGUUGCUGCCUCCACUGGCAAUCUAAACGGUACAUUUACAACUAACGUCGAAUCACUCGGAAUAAUUGGUACUUUAGACACUGCGUUGACCAUAACCCCAUCCACGCCGGCAAAACGACGCACAGUGAACCGUGACAAUAAGCUCAUGUCGGUCCUACAGGCCCGUCGAUCGGCCCUCACCAGGGAUCGCUGGCAGAAGGAGUACCACUCGUCGUCCCCGUACAAAUUUCACCGUCAUAGUAACCCGGUGGUGAAUCUGGUGGAAGACAGCAGCACUCCCGAGUCCAACCUUGUGAUACCACCGGGAUCACGUAUCGCAGAUACCGCCGCCGACGAGUUCCUCGAUACCGAUGAGUCCAUCCACGGGAUGUAUGUCGUUAGUCCGCAAAAUGGGAAGAUGGCGCUGCAGCACACCGGACCCCAGGUCAAGUUAGCCAAAGAGACGAACAAUUUCGUGGGACAGAACAGCAACAAGUCGGGCGAAAGUACGAAGUUGACCUCGGCGAAGCCAUUUCUUGCACGGGCGACUUUCUAUGAGGCGAGGGGAAAGCGAACUAGGAAAAACUUCCCGGCAUCCACCGAGCGAUCGGUGGAAGAAAGUGAUCUUGCACCCUAUCAAUACUUCGGUCAGAAGCUGAUUCCCCCGAGUAGGAAUGCUGACGCGAGAAAUCAGUUGAUCAACACGAAAGGGACAAGAUUAACCAAACUGAAAGAAGAUUCGCUAGAGAUUCUUACUGUCUCCGAACCAAGGCCUUCAACGGAGAAAAACAAAUUCUGGCAUAACCGGUUGGCGUAUCAAUCACGGAAUGUAGUUGCGUUCAAUAACUAUUUGAGGCGAUCGAAAGAUGGCGUUUACGGUACAUCUACGAUAGCCAUACCUACUGAGUAUUCUGAUCAUUCGGACACGCUGACGAAUUCGAUGAUCGCUCUGAGUAACCUGUCGGAGGGAACUGCCGACCCAAAACAGAUUUUCUCCAGGAGUGCCAAUAACUUCACGGCCCAGAGUAAAGCGGAACGAAUCGUUCGAAGCACGACAACGACCACGACGACAACCUCUACAGAAGCACCAGCUACAACAACAACAACGGAUGUUAUUCCGGCUAACCACAAAUCGGAUGAAGAUCUUCCAGGGUUGUUCAGCCCUACCGGUCUGGCUCAGAUUUCCAAGCUCAUCAUCAAUUAUCCCGACGAUGCAACACCGGAAGACCUGUACCACCAUUCGGUGGUGGAAGUCGCUCCAAAUCCAACAACAGUCGCGUCUGAAGAUGACCAGCCAACCACCCAACCAAUCACCGAGGAUUAUGGGACUCAUAGAAACUUAGUUUCCAUUCCCGAUAUCAAUCACAUCUUCCAGAACUUGUCGACAAGUACAACGACAACUACGAGCACAACGGAAUCUCCCGUCCCCAUAACACAGAUGCUUCUUGCGGAGACUGAGACCAUCCCGGCAAGCACUGAACAACUUGAACCUUUAAGAACUACUACUACCACUUCUACGACUACCGAACCCACAUCCGAUCAGACGACAUCCCCUCAAACUGAAGCAGCUACCACAACCACAACGACCGAGUCAACGACUUCAACUACAACAGAGAGCACAACGACCACAACGACAACCCGACAACCGACCAUUUCUUCCACCGCUACAACACCGGCAACGACAACCACCGUAACGACCACAGCGAUCCCCGCAUCCCCGGAUGCCGAAACCACACCAGCCACCGAAAUCUACUCGGACGAUGUCUACCAGACAGAUGACGAUCUUCCUCUGCAGCUGGCCAACAGCACCGACACCGAUGGGUUCAAUCCCAUCCUGUCCCAUGUCUUCCCCAAACUCAGCCGGGAACCUCUCCCGUCUCGACCGCCCACAAUCAUGGAUUAUUCUGUAACGUUCACAUCGCCAGCGCCGGCCCUCGAUGGGACGCGAAAGCCCACGAUCGCCAUCGAGGGUGUCCUGCUGGAGCACAACACCGACGUGGUGAUCGAAAUGCGCAAGAUGAACACCGCAACGUUUAUCCUCGCCGGGCUGGGGAUGCUUCCGAUUGUGAUCAUCAUCCUGUACGUGAUCAAGGCGGCGAUUUGGAAGCGCGAGCACAAGGUAUCGCACGAUCUGGAGCGUUACAUCCCGGACGGACAGCCUCCGAUUAGUCCGGUAGUGCGGUUGGAGCAAUCGGACACUUCCAGCGUAGCAGACGAGUCAAUGGAUACGGAUCGAGACUUUAAUAGGAAGAAUUUGCGCUUCAAGAGUCUUCUGGGGGAGGGUAACUUCGGACAGGUUUGGAAGGCCGAAGCGGACGAUUUGGCCGGCCACUUCGGAACUACGAGGAUUGUGGCGGUCAAGACCGAACGGAGUGAUAAUGGUCACGGGGAUCUAAAGGCAGAGGCGGAGAUUAUGCGGAAGCUUGGGUCUCACCCGAACGUGGUUACGCUGCUGGGCGUUUGUUUGGAGCAAGAACCACAACUUCUGAUCAUGGAGUACGCGAUGAGGGGGCGGCUGUUGUCGCUGCUGAGGGCAGCCCGAGGUGCCGUGAAUGGGUUGGCACCUUCGAUCCAUAGCAAUAGGCCGCCCAUAAUGCCGCUGUCACCGAGGAGGCUUACCGGAUUUGGGCACGACAUCGCUCGAGGAAUGGAGUAUAUAGCCGAUAAGAAGAUCGUCCAUCGGGACUUGGCGGCGCGCAACGUAUUGCUCGAUCACAACGGGAUCUGCAAAAUUUGCGACUUCGGCAUGUCCAUCGAUCUGGAGAAGAUCAAAUCUUCGCAGGCGCACAUCCGCGUGCCACGAUCACAUCACAGCGAGUCGAGAUUUAAGUUCGAUCUGAGCACACGAUCGUUCGGCUUUGGUCGGUACCAUGGUCAUGGUCACGAAGGGCUGGGAAGGCACGGACAUGGUCGCACUCAUGACACCAAAAGCAGACCGGCGCUGCCGAUCCGAUGGAUGGCCCCGGAAGCCUUGCAGUAUCAUAUCUUCUCCCGCGAGACGGAUGUGUGGGCCUUUGGUAUUGUGCUGUGGGAGAUCGCCACCUUAGGCUGCACCCCAUAUCCGACCCUAUCGGGCAGAGAAGUGGUUCGCACCGUCCCCAACGGUGCUCGACCCGAAGUCCCCCAGGAUUGCCGCCCGGAACUGUACGAUCUGAUGCAGCGAACCUGGCGGAAGGAUCCCCGCCAGAGGCCAACCUUCUCGGAGGCGAGAACAUGUCUGGCGCGAACGCUGUGUCAGUGGCAGCUGGAGGAAACCGACACAUCGAACACCUCCGAGUAUCUGGACGUCAGCGGAUUCAGCGAGGAUCUGGAACAGGGGAUGGUUUACUUCAACAGACGGAUUUCGGAGUUUGAAUGUGAAAUCUAGAGAUACCUUCUUUUGUUUCGCUCUAUUCCAUCCCCACUCUGGACCGUGUAUAGUGACAGCAGUAUUACUUAAUCUUUUCUCCAACUUCACUAUGGUCUAGCUUAAUUUAUUCCCAACGCAAGAAGUGAAACACAAGUCGUGCGUUGCGUUAAAUUUCCGUCUUCCGUUUUCCUGGCGAAAACCAACUGGAAAUUUUUACCUUCCACAAAUCUUAGGCUAAAUGUGUGCGCGUGUUUGAAAGUGUUAGUUGUCUUUUGUAAAUAUGGUUUAUCUUAUAUUUUCACGUUCUGCCGCCAGAUUUCGCAUCAGGUAGACGACCCCCGGCUAAUGCAAUACACAUUUAUACAUAUCGAAUCGAUUUUCGAUUUUCACUCUCGAGUCGGAUAAUUAUCGAUUGUUUAAUAGUUUGUGUAUACAAAGUUUAUCAUCGGCCCAACAUCAUAUCAUAGUUUCAUAUCACAUUCCAACCGACAAAAACAUUUCACCAUCAAUCGUCAUUGUACAUUUUUCUCGUAUAGAUAUGAAGAUCGUAUGUAAGAGAGUUCAGCUUAAUGAAUUUUAAUUGCUAUUUUUCACAUGCAUAGUACCUUUUUGUUUUGUUGAUAAGAGGCGAGAAAACAGAAAGACGCGGGUGCUUUCAAGGAUGAUGAAAUAUAUAAAUAAAAUUGGA